UGGUGCGUCUUCUCGCCCUCGUCACCUGGAAACCACAGGAGCCCACGUGACACUACGACAGGUGACCCCGGACACGCGCCAUGGAUGAUUCUGGGAUCAUCCGAAGACGGAGGCUGCAGAAGGAUCUACCUCUGCCAAGGAAAAGUAGCAGCUGCCGAACCAGUAACCGGAAAAGCCUGAUCCUGACCAGUACGUCGCCCACUCUGCCACGGCCGCACUCUCCACUCCCUGGACACAUAGGAAGCAGUCCAUUGGACAGCCCUCGCAACUUCUCACCGAGCGGACCUGCCCACUUUUCCUUCGCCUCUUCUCGCAGGGCUGAUGGUCGUAGAUGGUCUUUGGCUUCGCUGCCUUCCUCAGGAUAUGGCACCAAUACACCCAGUUCAACGUCCUCCAGCUCCUCCCAGGAGCGGCUGCAUCAGCUGCCCUUCCAACCGACCAUGGACGAGCUGCACUUCCUGUCAAAGCACUUUGGCAGCACGGAGAGCAUCACGGACGAUGACGGGGGCCGGCGCUCGCCGCACGCCCGCCCUCGCUCCCGAAGCCUCAGCCCCGGGCGCUCUCCAUCCUGCUAUGACAAUGAAAUAAUGAUGAUGAACCAUGUCUACAAGGAGCGCUUCCCCAAGGCCACAGCUCAGAUGGAGGAGAGGCUGGCGGAGUUCAUCCACAGCUUCUCUCCAGAGAGCGUCCUGCCCCUGGCCGAUGGGGUCCUCAGCUUCAUCCACCACCAGGUAGCUGAGCUGUCCAGGGACUGCCUGACCAAGUCUCGCGAGGGUCUCAUCGCCAGCGUCUACUUCUGUGAGCUGCAGGAUAACCUGGAGAAGCUGCUGAAUGAUGCUUAUGAGCGCUCGGAGAGUUCGGAGCUCACCUUCGUCAUCGAGCUCUGCAAAAAGCUCUUCAUCAUCAUAUCUCGUCCCGCCAGGCUCCUCGAGUGUUUGGAGUUCAACCCUGAAGAGUUUUACCAUCUGCUGGAGGCAGCGGAGGACCACGCCAAGGAGGGACAGCUGAUGAAGGCGGACAUCCCUCGAUACAUCAUCAACCAGUUGGGGCUGACCAGAGACCCACUGGAAGAAAUCGUGAGCCUGGACAGCUACGACAGUGAAGGCCCACAAACUCCAGAGACCGAUGAAGCAGAGCAGGGAAGAGGGCGGACCAUGAAACCACCGAGUGAAGAAGAUUUUCAGAGCAUCAAACUGAUCAGCAACGGAGCUUAUGGUGCCGUCUACCUGGUGCGCCACAGAGAGACACGUCAGCGUUUUGCAAUGAAGAAGAUCAACAAGCAGAAUCUGAUCCUGAGGAAUCAGAUCCAGCAGGCGUUUGUGGAGAGAGACAUCCUCACCUUCGCCGAGAACCCGUUCGUCGUCUCCAUGUUCUGUUCCUUCGAGUCGCGGAGACAUCUGUGCAUGGUCAUGGAAUAUGUCGAGGGUAAGGGGGUGUACAGCAGCAUGGAGCAUCUGUCUCAGCUGGAGCAGAAAGCUACGACCUCUGUGUCCCGGCGGGAGCACAAGGGCCCGCGGGAUGACAAGGUCACCAAGAGAGAGAGCCUGGGCAGCUUGAGCAUGAGAGACAAGAGCUGGAGGACCGGGUCCCCCGAGAUGAAGCGCCUGUCUUGUUCAGAGUCCCUCUACAUGGACGGGGAUGCCAGCCCCCCUCUUGGUGCUCGCCGGCGCUUCUCAGCACUGAUGGAUACACAUCGUUUUGCCUUGCCUCUAGACACUGAGCCUGACUUCCUGUCCCGCCAGGCACCCAUCAGGGUCCGUGGAACCUCCCUGGAUGGGACCAGCGUCCCCUCCCCGAGCCUCCUGGAGCAGAGGAACAGUCUGAAGGAGAUCAACGGAGCAGACAAAUCCCCUCGACAUGGAGAGACCCCAGGAGUCAGCACGGCUAUAGCCAUAUUAUCCUCAGGUCCUGCAGCAGCCGAUCGUGAUGUGAUGACUCCUCUGUGUGACCCUCUGGGGGCCCGGGCCACCAACGACCUGGUCCUCCGCAGGGCGCGCCAUCAGCAGUUGUCUGGUGAGGGAGAGAAACGCAACUCCAGGGCUGGAAACAAGGUCAUAAAGUCAGCCUCUGCCACAGCCCUGUCCGUCAUCAUACCAUCAGUGGAGCAGCAUGGUGGCUUCUCUCCGCUGGCCAGCCCCAUGUCUCCCCACUCCUUCUCCUCCAACCCCUCGUCCCGGGACUCUUCACCCAGCAGGGACUUCUGCCCGGCCGUCAGCGUGCUGCGCUCCCCCAUCACCAUCCAGCGCUCUGGGAAGAAGUACGGCUUCACUCUCAGGGCCAUUAGGGUCUACAUUGGAGACAGUGACAUCUACAGCGUGCAUCAUAUUGUUUGGCAUGUGGAGGAGGGCGGCCCCGCACAGGAAGCUGGCCUGUGUGCCGGUGACCUCAUCACACAUGUCAACGGGGAGUCUGUCCACGGUCUGGUCCACACUGAAGUGGUGGAGCUCAUCCUCAAGAGUGGAAACAAGGUGACGGUGACGACCACUCCUUUUGAGAACACCUCCAUUAAAGUGGGGCCCGCUCGCAAGGCCAGCUACAAGUGUAAGAUGGCUCGACGCAGCAAGAGGACCAUGGGCAAGGACGGCCAGGAGAGUAAGAAGCGUAGCUCCUUGUUCCGUAAGAUCACAAAGCAGUCCAAUCUGCUUCACACCAGCCGCAGCCUGUCCUGUUUGAAUCGCUCCCUGUCCUCCAGUGAGAGUCUGCCUGGCUCUCCAACUCACAGCUUGUCUGCCCGAUCCCCGACGCAGGGCUACCGCUCCACCCCUGAGUCCUCAUACCUGGGUGCCUCCUCUCUGAGCAGCUCUCCAGCCUCCAGCACCCCAAACUCCCCCGCUCCCUCUCAGCACAUGAGGCCCAGCUCCCUGCACGGCCUCUCCCCCAAACUCCACCGGCAGUAUCGCUCUGCCCGUUGUAAGUCUGCAGGUAACAUCCCCCUGUCCCCUCUCGCCCACACCCCCUCUCCUACCCAGUCUUCUCCUCCACCGUUGCCUGGCCACACGGUGGGGAGCUCCAACACCACCCAGUCCUUUCCCGUGAAGCUCCACUCCUCGCCACCGGUGGUCCGUCCAAGGCCCAAGAGUGCUGAACCCCCCCGAUCGCCUCUUCUCAAACGGGUGCAGUCAGCAGAGAAGCUGGGCUCGCCUCUGACCCAGUCCAGCUCUGGGGGGCUCGGGGGUCCGCUGAGGAAGCACAGCCUAGAGGUGCAGCACUCUGAGUAUCGUAAGGAUGCUUUCCUCUGUGAGCUCGGCCUCCAGAGCCUGCUGGAGACAGAGGGGGAAAAUUUGCCUCAGAAUCCUCCACCCCUGCCCUCAUCCUCUACAAGUCCAGAGACAGGUGUCCUGAAGCCUGUAAGGAGACUAGGGAGACAAGAGUCACCGCUAAGCAGGGAAACACUGCUGGCUGGGAGGGAUAGGGAAGAGAGGGAGAGAGGAAGGGAAAGGGAAAGGGAGAAAGACAGGGCGACUGAUUCAGUCCUGGAGAGAUUGGGUCGGCUUGGAGGAACAUCAUCCCAGUCACCGUUAACAAGAAAACCUCAAACAAGUGAUCUGUCCUUUAGCCCGCAGGCUGGCCAGAGCUCCAGACUAAAUGCAGAAACCACAAAAACUACAACUUCCAGCACCCCUACCAAAACAACAGGAAGUCUCGGUGGUCAUAAGGGACCUGAAAGAAUUCCCCAGAGUCCGUCAGACUUGAAUUCAAAACAGCAAGACUACCAGGCAGCCAAACAUUUUUCACCUUACAGUAGAGAGCCCCAGGAGCAGCUGUGGGGCAGAACUGAACCAAAGCAGGAAGGAGAUAACAGAAACAGGCCUGGUCCGCUUAGUCCCGCCUUCACUAAGAGCUCUGCUUCAACUCCAGAUAAAUCAAUCUCCAUUAACGCAGUGAAAGCCGGUUUUCUCAGCAUGAACAAAACCUUUAAACCACCAGGUAUGGGGGACAGUCUGAGAAAGGCAGGAGCAGAGAGCAUUGACUCAAGGACUCCAGAUUUUGGCUCCAAAAGCCCCAAACUCCCAGUUCGCGUUCUCGCUCCAGUCGUCCCCCCACAUGGGCCGUCGCUCUCGCUGGGCAAGGUAAGGCAGGGGCUUGGGCCGGUCAACUGCUACCGGGGAACCCUAGACUGGGAGGACAAAUGUCGUCUGGAGGUGGUGGAGGAGCAUUCGCCUUCCCCCUCUCCCUCCCCGACUUCUGUCGCCCCGUCCCUCUGCGGACCUUCCCUCUGUAAGUCCAGGCCUGUCUCCCCCGGUGAAAAGACGAGCUUCGUCAGCCAGCUGACCACUGUGGCCAAAAAUGUCCUCGGGCCAAUCAAGCUUGGCUCCCAGGAAUCGUCCAAGAGCAAAGACCUGCAGACUAAAGCAGCCGAGGAUAGGCAUGGAGGCUCAGCAGGAAAGUCUGACACUCCUGCAGGAGGUCGAGGGGCUUCGGUGGUCACCCAGAGUCCAGCUGGUUCAACACUAGAGAGGGCUGCAAAAGGUAGCAGCCAGUCAAAAAUGUGACCAAAUGGGACUUUAAAAGAGUAAAAGGAAAAAAAAAUGCCUUUUUUUUGGAAGAACAAUGUAAUAGAAGUCAAGCACUUAAAAACAAUGUACAUUCCAGUGACAGAGUAUAUAAAAUGUUAUUUAUUGAUUCCAAUCAUUGACUGAUUCUAACUUAAAACCAGGAGAAAAAUAAUCUACUGUUAAGGUGCAUUAUCUGUUGAUUUUCUAUUUUAAAGUAUUUAAUAAGAAGACUCUUAACGUAAUGUGGAACACUUUAUCAGAUGUAUAUGUGUGUGGGUCUAUGUGAAUGCAUGUCCUAUGGUAUGUACUGUACAUCUAUUAAAGAUACAAGAAGGUCAACAAGUGCUUUACCAAUCAAAACAUGCUGAAAACUGUGAAUACCAAAUCCAGUCACUCUAUUUGUGUCUUUCAAGCUGCCCUUUUUCAAUGUACUGCUUUUCAAACAGGACAAUGAUGAACUGAGUCACAGUCAAAUUGUAAUUUUGCAUCAAGCUACAGAAAUGACACACUGCCUCAGUUUGGCUACAGCGGGGUAAACAUGAUAAAGCUCAUUUCUUCUUCAUCCAGCAGUUUACUGAGUUACUGUGCACGGUCAGACAAAUCCAGAGCAGGCCCACUGUCACUGGAUGUCACGUCAAGCACUGUCUAGCUCUGUCUGUCGCAUGGGAUUGUGUGUGUGUGUGUGUGUGUGUGUGUGUGUGUGUGUGUGUGUGUGUGUAUGUGUGUGUAUGAAGCCACCUUGGGUCUAUUCCUGGUGGUUCUUGAAGGCUGUGUCCGUCUGCAUAGGAAAGCGAGUUUGACAGAGCUCAGGCUCAGCGCUUAUCUCCCCUUUGCAGGAGGGCUACCACAGCUCUUUUUCUCCCCAUGCCUCUGACUGCAGCCGAAACACAAACACAUGUACACACACACACACACACACACACACACACACACACACACACACACACACACACACACACACACUGCCACAGGAGGCAACAAUGUCAGCAGCUAAUUUUCAUGCAUUUAAACCCAUGCUCCAUGAAUUGGGACGUGAGUGUGUGUGCGAGUGAGUGACUUAAGAGGUGUGUGAGAACGUGUGUCUUCUUAAGCGGCAAUAACACUCAGCAAGGGCCAUCAUAACUGAAAGAAAACUGGCAGCAGAUCCAUCCAGUAAACAGUUACAGGCUUCACUGCUACUUUAUUUACAAACCACGCAGUGAUAACUUAUGUGGAUAUAUUAAAAGGAUUGCAAGCACACAUUGGGUGGAUCCAUAUGUUGUUUUGAGCCACAACAGGAAAAUCAGGCAGUCAUGGAUGUAGCAUACUGUAUUGUGUUUGUUAAAGGGCUCUUUAGCUAAGGUAGGAGUAGUGGAUAUGGGCAUGGUACUGUAUAUCAAACAAGUUUAUCUGCAGUAUAAUCAGAAUGACUGUCGUGUUAGGUAGUCAAGAUUGAUUCAUGUAACGCUCACAUUGUAACAUAUACUGACAAAGAUUUGCGAAUCAAUAAUCUCAGCAAGAGUGCUGAAAAGUUUAAAAUGUUCUCCUGACAAACAACUUGUGCUCUCGUCACUGUUGUAUUCAUAUCCUUAGUAGUUAAUUCUCAGUAACCAUCCAUUGUACAUAAUCUUAUGCAAAUCAAUUACAGAUGUGGUGAUGACUGCUGUCACUAAACUGCUAAUAGCUGAUUUUCUGAAGGAAGUAGAUCUGUCAAAUCAUUUAAUCCAUCUUUGAUUUGAUACCUCACUCUGUGACAGUUAUUUAUUAAAACAACUUUGAUUAUUUGAAGGUCUACAAAUGUAAACUGAUUCAACCAACAACAGCAACUUCACACAGAGGAAGAAGUUAAUUGACUGGAAUUUGUUUUUUAAGUCCAAAAGGGAAAAGUCUAAACAAAUUUCCCAAUCUGUUUUGCUAUGCUGGGAGCAGUUGCUCAUAAUUUUGUUUUUUAUUUGUUGGAAAAACUGAAACAAAGAGCUGGAUGUGACUAAUAGCUAUUCUGUUCUGUGGGAAGUCGAUUUGGCUGGUCUUUUUACAUUCGUAGUUUUUAUUUAAAAGAAGGCUGUUAUUAAUUUAUUCUUGAAUCUAACAAUGUUUGAGGUUGUACCAAUCUUUUGACAUGAGAAAGUCCCGGCCAUGCACUAACCAUUUCUUUUUGUGUGGCAUUGUACACUACUGCCCUCCAGUGGACAACAUAUCGACUAUUAAACAUGUUUCCAUAAAAUGUUCUUUUUAGUAAUCAAGCCAAGACCACCAAAAUACUGCAGAUUGGACUUUAUUAGCCAUAGGGUUACUGAUUAUGCAUUUGUUUUAAUGACAACAUAUUUGCAGUUAUUAUCAAAUGGACACUUGAAACAUGGAUUAAUUCCCUUUCUGUUGUUGUGUUCUUCGCGUGACUGUUAAUUGUAUCUUCUGGAAUAGGGAUUAACAUUUUUAAUAUAAUAUACUGUCUUAUAUAUUCUACUGAUAGGACGCAGUUCUUUUUUAUCUUGAUGUAAUAAAUGAGUCAUCAGGUCAGCUCUGAUCACCUGAUUGGAAAAACUAACUGUAAUGUAAUCUUAUACAGCUAUUAUGCCCUCUUUCAGGCCUUUUCCCAAUCAAUGAUGUCUAUGCUAGUGUUACAUGUUUGAGAUUUUUUUUGUGAUUGACAGCGAUAGUAGUAUAAAUGCACUUUAUUUGAAAAGGAAAUCUUCAUUUGCUGGUAUUGUUUGUAAGUUACUUUGAAGAAAAAGAAAAUAUAGUGUAUACAUAUAUGGAUUCUACAAAUGAACACAAAAGUCCAUUAUAAAAAGCAUUCCACAUUUCUCUGUUCACUGAAGUGUAUUUAUUUGUACCAUGAGGCAUUUUGUUUGUGAUAGAUGUGAUUCAAAUGCAGACACCUGAAGUGCAGUAUGUGGAAUAAAAUUCUGAGAUUUGUU